GGAUUCUCCCGCCGAUGGAGGGGAUAGAGCCGAUGGACUUGCUCCGAUCCAAUCUCUCCCGUGUUCGGCUGCCGGAGCCGACCGAUCGUAUCUACAAGCAUGAAUGCUGGGUCUCCUUCGAUACUCCGAAGUCUGAAGGUGGGUUGUUCAUUGACAUGAAUUCAUUUCUUGCAUUUGGGAAGGAUUAUGUUGACUGGAAUUACAGGAAAACUGGAAACCCUGUUUAUUUGCAUAUAAAGCAAACAAAAAAGAUUGUACCCAAGGAUAGGCCUUUGAAGAAACCAACUCUUUUUGCUAUGGGUGUUGAAGGGGGAUUUGCUGAUAACGGGCCUGAGUAUGACGAAUCUUACAGUGUAGUGGUUUUGCCAAAUUAUGUUACUCUUCCUUUUCCAUCAGUGGAGUUGCCAGAGAAGAUAGAGCGGUUUGUAGCUUGGACAGCUAAGAAGAAGCAAGUCAGUGCAUAUGCAAUGAAUUUGCAACAAAUUGACAAUGGUGUUAUUGUUCCUCCCUCUGGUUGGAAAUGUGCCAAGUGUGAUAAGACAGACAAUCUCUGGCUAAAUCUUACUGAUGGAAUGAUUCUAUGUGGGAGGAGAAAUUGGGAUGGUAGUGGUGGAAACAGCCAUGCUAUUAAACACUACAAAGAAACUGGCUACCCUCUUGCUAUAAAGCUUGGGACAAUCAUUGCUGAUUUAGAAGCGGCAGACGUUUUCUCCUAUCCUGAGGAUGAUAGUGUUGAAGAUCUUCUGUUAGCACAACAUCUCCAAUUUUUUGGAAUUGAUUUUACAUCAUUGCAAAAGCUGCUGCUUGGCAGCAACCAUGCAAAUGGUGUUCUCAACAAAGUCCUUUUCUGCACGAACAAAACUGGACAUGGUCUGCUAUCUGGCAAAUAUUCUGUUCCAGCAUCAGAGGAUGCUUUGGAAUUCUUCCUUUAUUUUCUUGACCAAGUUGUACGUUUCAAUAGUGGGAAACCUGAAUUGGAUCCUUCUACGAGUUUCAAGUUUGGUGUUGAAGAGCUGAUCUUGUGUACGUCUGGAAAGGUUGCUUAUAAUAGAAGGCAGAAAAGAUUUCAGAAGGGAACAAAGUAUCCAGUGAAGAAAUUGUAUGAAGCACGCCUAGCAAACUUUUCAGCCCCAGAGCAAAUACCUGACUUUUACAGCACCACGUUGAAGGCUAAGACAACAGCAAUCAAGACUGCUGGCCUAACUUCAUUCCCUGAUCAUUUGGUAUUGCACAUGCGGAAGUUUGUUAUGGAGGCGGGUUGGGUUCCAAAGAAACUUGAUGUCUACAUAGAUGUUCCUGAUGUGAUAGAUAUUAGCCACAUGUGCAGUAAAGGGCUUCAACCAGGGGAGGAGCUGUUGCCUGAGGCUGUUCCUGAGGGGGAAGUGGAACCCAGUCACCUUGUGGCUGAUGAAAAUAUUGUUUCCCAGCUUGUCUCUAUGGGGUUUAACCAUCAUCAUUGUCAGAAAGCUGUUGUAAACACCUUAAAUGCUGGAGUAGAAGAGGCAAUCAAUUGGUUACUUUCUCACAAGGAUGAUCCAGAUAUAGAUGCUCCUAUCUCCACUGAGGCACUGGGUUCUGAGGCUCCUAUUGAUCAAUCCAAAGUUGAUACUUUGAUUGCACUUGGUUUUCACGAAGAACUUGCUCGGAAAGCACUGAAAGCAUCAGUUGGUGACAUUGAGAAGGCAACAGAUUGGAUAUUUAACAAUCCCAAUGCUUCAACUUCGUCAGAUAUGGAUACUACCACAUCAGACAACACUACCCCUACUGCGGUAGACAUGGGGCUACCUGAUGGAGGAGAGAAAUACCUACUUUUUGGAAUAGUAAGUCAUAUUGGUCCCGCAACUCAAUGUGGCCACUAUGUUGCCCACAUACUCAAAGAUGAGAGAUGGGUCAUCUUCAAUGAUAACAAGGUUGGACCUCCAUUCAUCCCUCAAAGUACAUGGGAUAUUUGUAUUUCUUUGAGAGGAUUAAGGGCUGAAUCAGUAGUAAAGCUUAGGUUUCAUAGAUAGGAUCGGAAAAUAUUCGACAGCAGAGGAUAUUGCCGAAAUUUCUUGGAUUCUUUUAACCCAGCAAUGGAUGCUCACUCUAGGCCUUCUCUGUACACAGGCUUAAUCUGAGUGCUUGACGAGUAUAAAUUACAUAUUUUUAG